GUGACGUCACGCCAGAGCUAGGCGGAUACGUUUGACGGUAGUUUCCAAACAUUGACAGUCAUGGCCGCUUCCAUUCACAGUUUACUGGAGGAAAUCUCCGACGUGGAAGACCCAAAUGAAGAGCUACAGAGCUUAAAAACAGCUCUGCUAUCGAUCCCAGUCAGCGCUCUCAGAGACUCAGUCAGCGGGCAGCGGCUCGAUGCGAUUUUCUCUCUGCUCAACUCCAACAAUAGGGAGACGGUUGAGCUCUGCGUGGAGAUCCUUGAACGCAUCCUGAUGGCGCUGGGCCCCGUGCAUCUCGUCCAGAGCUACGGAGUGGAGCUGCAGGGGGGGCUGACCCAUCCCGAUGAAAACGUGAAGAAACUGGCCCUGACGCAGAUCGGCAGAGUGAUGGAGCACCCGGACGCCCUCUCGGUGAUUCUCAACAACCACGAGCUCCUGCGAGCGGUGAUCCUCAGUAUCGGAGAGGAGAAGAUCUCUGUGGCCAAACAGGCGAUCCAAUCCCUGUCUAAACUCAGUCACUCCAAACCCGGAUUGGACAAAGUAUUUCACAGUGAUUUGCUGAAAGUGGUAAAGGAGGUGAUGGCGACAAGUGACAUCAUCAGGUACAGAGUGUAUGAGCUGGUGGUGGAGAUCUCAUCCCAUUCUCCCAUUUCUCUUGGUUACUGUGCCAACAGUGGCCUGAUUUCUCAGCUGCUCGGUGAACUGACAGGCGAUGAUGUCCUAAUCAGAGCCACAGCCAUAGAGAUGGUGACCACUCUGGCUCACAGCCAGCACGGCCGACAGUAUCUGGCUAAGCACGGCAUCAUGGAUAAGAUCUCCAACAUGAUCCGGGGCGCAGAAACGGACCCUUUCUCCUCGCUAUACCUUCCUGGUUUGGUGAAGUUCUUUGGGAACCUGGCCGUCAUGGACAGCCCACAGCAGGUGUGUGAAUCCUAUCCGGUCUUCCGGGCCAAGGUGUUUGAAAUGGCUUUGGAUCCGGACCCUGUGAUGAUCGGGGUGGCUCUCGACACUUUGGGGCUACUUGGAACCACGGUGGAGGGGAAGCAGGUCCUGCAGAAAGCGGGAGAAAACUUCAAGCCUGUGCUGGUGAGAAUGAGCCAGCAUGCCGGUUCCGGAGCUACCGAGCUCAGAGUUCGCAGCUUGGACGCCUUAUCUCAGCUUCUCACUCUGCAGCCAGAGAACCAAACAGAAGACCUGUUGGCCCUGACGGAGUCCUGGUUCCGCCUUUUGUCCAACCAGCCAAUGGACAUGAUUCGCAACAUCAGCACUCAGCCUUUUCCGGAGCUGCACUGUGCAGCUUUACGGAUAUUUACUGCCAUUGGCACUCAGCCGUGGGGUCAGAAGCUGAUGAUGAGCACGCCCGGGUUCAUGGAGUUCAUUCUGGACCGCUCCACCGGUCAGACAAAAGAGGCCAAGGAUGCCAAGUUUGAACUGGUCGGCUCUCUCGUGGGUUCGUCCACGGCCACCGAAAUUCUGGGGAGUCAGCACUACAUCCGCCUGAAGACGUAUCUGAGAGAAGGACCGUACUACGUGUCGGCCGUGGCCUCGGUCGGCAUCGAAGGAGCAGAAUGAUGACCCCACAGUCUGGUACACGGCCCCGGGGCCACUCGAUGCUUAAGUAAAGAGGUGAAAAUCGAAGGAAAAACAGUCUAAGGCCAAAAUUCUUUAAAACAUAGGAAUCCCCUUGGUAUCAUCGCACCAUUGGUGCUUUGCACUGAACAUCCCCACAGACCCCCAUCCAAGCAUAAUUAUCUAUGCAUGGUUCAACAAAAACUACUGAAAAGCCUUUCGUUCACCAGUUACUUCAGUCAUGAUUCAAGAGGCCUGGAAGUUAAAAACACAGACUCUGUCUAAACUCACACGACCAAACAAACGCGCGUCCUCCUUUCUGAACACUGAUCUCCAGAGGUCUCACUGGAUCCCUCUGUUCUCAUCCAUGUUUGUAUUUUCUUUAUUGAAUAGAAUUUUUGAUAAAUAAACAUGU